UCAGSGCAGUCCUAACGAACCAGUCUGACAAACAACAUGGCGUUUGACUUGAGAAAGGAAGUCGAAGAACUCCGCAAAAGAGGCGCUUCUCUUGGCCUAAACCAAGACGAUAUAGACUAUGCAAUACUUAAAUCCUUAGGAGAGGCAAAACCAAAAAAAUCAACAGUGAAAACUCCUGCAAACCCUGUCUUCGCAUUCUUCAAAUAUCUCAUCAUCACUAUGGCAAUCAUCAUAGCCUUAAUCAUUGUCACGUUUAUGGGUCUUUAUAUUGCGGCUAGUCAUGACAAGCAGUUUGGACUUCUAAUUGGACGCACUAUUGCUGACUGGCAGUACCCAGUUGUGCGAAUGUUCCGUUUGGCGUUCCUACCUCUACAUCAAUAUUUUGACCUUAGCGAUAUGUAUAAAUGGGAAUGCAUUGUCCAAAAUCCAGCAUUUGUACAAUUGAACCCAGAAUGUGACAUCUGUGAAAAAGCUGUACGAGUACCAAUACGAUCCAGUAAGAUGCUCCCACCAGAAGCUUUCAAAGAAAAAUACUUUGAUCCUGGCUUUUCUGUUAUUGUACGUGACGUAGAGACCUAUGGAAGUGCUAACCACACUUAUGGAGAAUUCUUAGACACAUAUUAUGAGCAUCAAGAGACCAUGGAUGUAGAUGCUUGUGAAUUUUAUUUAGGAGGACAAGAGAAAAAGCCGAAAAAUCUUGGAGAAUUGUUGGAACAUUGGGAACACUUCAAGCCUGAAGGACAUGUUGUAGGAUGGAAAUUCUGUUAUGGCAAAGGUUUUAGAGAGAUCAGGAAACUCUAUCCCAGGCCAUAUUUUGUGCAUAGUGAAGGUGCUUUGGAAAAAAUAAUGCAUCUAUUGCAGCCAGCAGGAGUCACACCUACUACUGUUGAACUGCCACCUGUAGCAUUUGACAAUGUAUGGUAUGCACAAGUUUCUGGCACUACAGAAGUUCAAUUGAAACCUGUUGAGUUUUGUGAAACAUCGUGCAAAACUCAUGUUAUUAACCUCAUACAAGGAGAUGUCUUGUUCUUUACUCAACAAGUUUGGAAGGCUUCUUUCACUAACAGAGCUCAAGAAUCAGCCAUGAUUUUUGUGUCCUCCUUUGCUUGAACUGGAUUGGAAGAAAUUAGACAUUGCUAGAAAAGGAAAUGACUAGGAUACUAUAUUUAUGAUAGUAACUUAAAAUAAUAGUAAGAAUAUAUAGAAUAACAACAAAAUUUCUUAAGAUAUGAAAUAAAGUUUAACAGCAGUUACAUGAUUCAUCGA